GUCAGCUGCAAGCCAAUGCGUAUUGCGAGAAUCCAGAUAUCGUCUUAAUCGGCAAUAAAGCUGAUUUAUCAGACCAAAGGGAGGUCAACGAAAGGCAAGCGAAAGACCUGGCAGACAAAUACGGCAUACCCUACUUCGAGACCAGCGCUGCCACCGGGCAGAGGGUGGAGAAGGCGGUGGACACGCUCCUGGACUUGAUCAUGAAGCGCAUGGAGCAGUGCGUGGACAAGACGCAGGGCUCGGACACCGCCAACGGCAGCAGCGCGGGGAAGCUGGACGCGACAAAACCCGAGGAGAAGAAAUGUGCCUGCUAA